UACAAUGAGUGGCAGCGGUGGCAGUGGUGGCAGCGGUGGCAGUAAUGGCUGUAAAGGAGAGAAGCGGAAUUUCCUGGCUCAGCCGGCGGUGAAGACUAUCUUUGUAUACAGGAAUGGAGACUCUUACUCUGAGGCUCGGCGAGUUCUAAUCCACGAGAAGCGGGUGUGUGACCUAGAUGGACUCUUGCGUGAGGUGACAGGACGUAUCCGAGCACCUUUCGGUGCAGUGCGCACCAUCUAUACUCCAAGAGCAGGACACCGAGUGGACUCACUUGAUUAUGUGCAGAAUGGGGAGCAGUACGUAGCAGCAGGAACUGAGAAGUUUAGGAAAAUUAACUAUUUGCAAAUACAAAACCGAAAAAAACGGAUGCUCCAGACCAACAAAGAGGUGAAACCUGUACCACAAAGCCGUGUCAUCGUCUCAGCCCGAUUCCUGAAGCCCAUUAAAGAGCCAUGUGCAAUAUUUGUUGUAGCAAACGGAGACGUGUUGAACCCAGCAGUACGGUUUCUGGUUCCAAACCGUCUGCUAGAUCAGUUUGAGAGGAUCCUGGAGAUGAUCACGGAGAAAAUGGGGCUAAGGAUUCUGGGAGGAGUGCGCAGCUUGUGUACGUUUGAUGGAGCUCUUAUAACGGAUGGGAAAGAGCUGGAAAAUGGACAGUUUUACGUUGCAGUGGGCAGAGACAAAUUUAAACGUCUGCCAUACGCUGAUUUACUGUUCUUUAAACCAAUCGGCAUAAGGAGAAACGUCAGAUCUAAAGCAUGCUCCCUUCCUCCCAUUUACAGAUACGGAAAACGAAAUGGGGAGGUGAACGGUGUCGGUAAAGGUGACAGCACAGAGAUGAAGGUCAAAAAAACGGUGGUACGACAGAUUUCCCAGACCAGACCCAUGACACUACACAAAAAACAGAGCAAUCUGACCAGGUCACUCAGCAGCGAGGAAAACGAUGAGGGGGAGCAAAAAGUAGAAGAUGAGGAUGAGGAGAGUGAAGACAAAUCUGCAUUGGAGGACCCCUCACUAGCCGAGCAGUCAACAGAAUUGGCAGAGGAUGCAGGGGCUGGAGAUAUUGAGGCGAAUGUAGAGGAUGAAGCAGCUGCAGCGGAACCUGCAGAAGAUGAGGUAGCAGCUGAGGGAGGCGGAGCAGAAAAUGAUGAGGCCAUGGGAGAGGAUGAAGCUGUCGCGGAAACUUUAGAAGAAAAUGAGGCAGCAGAAGAGAAUGAGGCAGCAGGAGGAGACGAGGCAGCAGGUGACGAUGAGGCAGCAGGUGAAGAUGAAGCUGUCACACAAACUACUAACGAACAUGCAGAGGAAGGGGAAGGGAAGGAAGAAGGUGGAGAUGAUGAGGUAGCAGUAGGAGGAGAAGGAGAUGAUGGAGCAGGUGAAGAGGAAGAACCUGAAAGAGAGGAAGAUGAGGGAGCAGGUGGAGAGGAUGAAGCAGCAGGAGGUAAAGAGGAAGAAACUGGAGGAGAGGAAGAGCAGGCUGCAGGUGGAGAGGAUGAAGCAGCAGGAGGAGAGGAAGAGGAAGCUGCAGGUGGAGAGGAUGAAGCAGCGGGAGAACAAGGAGAGGCUGAUGAUGGUGCUGCAGAUGAUGGAGGAGGGGAUGAUAGCUAA